AUGAACGAACCUAAGGACGACGUUGAUUCGUUGUCAUCAACAAGAAGUAGUCAGGAUGAUAAAUCAUCUAAGAAUUCUUUGAGCACUAUGUAUUCUUCAAAAUCUACAGCAAAUUUGGAUUCGAGGAAAAAGGAUGGAGGAGGAUCAUUGAUGGAAAGACUGGUUUCGACACAUACGGGUGGAUCUACAGCAAACCUGAUACAAAGCAAACACAGUAUAUAUGCCUUAUCUACUUCUGCAUUAAUUCCUCAAGACUUUUUUGGUAUGGCAAGGAGCACAUUUUCUGAUGGGAAACCAAAGGAUAUGACAGUGGCCUUAUUUCAAUUUUCAGGUCUUAAUGGAUUGAAUAGCAAUGAUGAAAAUGUUUUCAUCAAUAACUUUUUAACCCUUUGUAGCCCGAUCAUUCAAAAACAACAUGGUAUCUUUCACAAGUUCUUUGAUGAUUAUUUCAUUGUUGUAUUUGAAGCAAGACAUUCCUUAAAUGCUAUAGAGUGUGCUUUUGAUUGUAUAGAUACCGUUAGGAAAAACGCACUUGAAUGCUCCAAGUCUUCAAGUUAUUCAUCUAAUGGUGCAGAGAGAAAUUACUUGUUAUUAGAAAAUAUCAAUAUAGUAAUUCAUACAUGUCCUUGCAAAGUAGGACCAGUACACUUUAAUGACAAACAUUCAGAUUUUCUAAUUAUGACCGCUUCUAAAGAAAUUAUGAGAAGAAUGGCAAACCUAGGUAGAAUGUAUGAUAUACCAAUUGUUGUAUCCUCACAAGUUGUACAGAAGAGUGAUGCACUAACAUCUAAAACAUCUAAUCAAGCCAUGAACAUUAGUCCUUUCGGUAAAUUCUUCCUCUCUAAUUCCCCUUAUGAUCUCUUCCAAGUUUAUGACUCUAAUUGGGAUGUAUUUUUGUACUCUCCUGACAGAAGGAAAGAUUUCAAGACCUCUCUAGAUAUGUUUCAACAGAGAAAAUUCAUAGCUGCAAUGAAUACUUUCUCCAAACUUCACAGAAUGAAUGAUAAUGAUAAAUUAUCAUUACUAUAUGUAAAAGUAUGCAGAAUGUACCAACAGAGUGAACUGCCACCUCAAUGGGAUGGUGUUGUAAUGCUAGAUAAAGAUUGCGAACCAUUCCCACUUGGAAAGAAACCAAAAGGAUAUUAUAUACAGGCUGGUAUAAGUGCAUCUUUCCAUUUAGGAGAUGAACAAUUCAUGUCUCAUGGAAAAGAUAAAGAAGAAGAAAUACGUCUAUUAACCGAGUCACUCAACCAAAAGGCUUUAAUGAUUAAGGAUAUGAAAGAAAUUCUCUCAGUGAAAGAGACUGAACUUGCCAAACUCCAUGAAAUUACUGAGCUGCUGAUGAAAGAAAAGAAACAACUUCAACAACAGGUAAAACAAAACAAUGAAAGAAAAGCUGUAGAUAAAGUGGCAAAAAAACAGCUGCAACACCAGCAAAGUACUGGGCAAAAUGAGCAAACGGCCCAGAACAGUAAUCCAAAUAACAGUACAGGUAAUAUCAACCACACCCAACAAGAAGUUCAAGUUGGCUGUUUAGGAGGAUUAUUGUCAUGCUUUGGUGGUGGUAAAGCUGCUCAACAACCUAAGAGAAAUCAAAAUAGAAAUCAAGCCGUAAGAAAAAAAGUUGGAAAUAGGGUGACACCUGUAAAUCAAUAA